UAUUCGGAAGGACGCGUAUCUAAGCGAUUCUUAUUUGCCUGUAUUUUGUUAUUACAGUAAUGGAUUCUUUGCGUUUCUUGCUAGUUUUAACAAUUGUUGUACUAGUAGUGCAGAAUGGAGAAGCCCUCAGAUGUUGGGUGUGUAGCUCCAAUGCCGUAGCCGACCCCUUCCACGCAUCCGCUAAUAUAAGAGAUGACUUCGAAAUGUUCACGAGGGAUUGCAAAGGUGGACCACUACAACUACUGCCUAACGGAACUAAACACACAGAUGAACUUGGUCCUGGUUUGGAAUUGUUCUGCCUAAAAAUGACUAGAAAAAUUUUAGGAGUGAAAAUUGUGAUGCGGACAUGCGGGUCAGGGUUUCCCAACCUCACUGAUUUUCUUGACCUUCUUGCAUGGGUUCCGACCCUGCACGUACAACAGGGGGAAACAUAGAAACCUGCGAGGCCUGCACGGGCGAUUUGUGCAACUGGGCUACUAGACAAGGACCGCGGGCCGUUGUAAUGUUCGUGCCACUUCUUCUGUUGUUGACGUUGACAUAAAGUGUCGGUGGGAUUCGUACACCUAGUCACCAUGAGAUAUAUCGAGGCAGCCAAAGUUUUCACAAAAUUAUAUAUCUGCUUUGAUAUAUCUAAUGAUGACUGUAUGAACAAAUAUGUCCUAAUUAAACACUGGGUACUACCGAAUAGCUUCCGGAUGUCGGGUAAUUCCGAAAAUGGACUCUUGUAAAAUUUAUUAAGGACGAUUUUUCAAUUACUUACCCGCCGUUCGGAGUGAUUGUGAUUUGGAGUUUACCCGAUUACACCUUGUAUCUUGUUGUACUUCAUUUUGCUAUGUGCCAUAGGCAUGGGUAUAAAUAUCUGUAGUUAUAUACAUAAGUUUUUGAUAUUGCUCAAAAAAUAGAAAUAAGGAAUAGUUAAGUAGGAAAGUUGUUGUUUAACUGCUCGUGCUAAUAUUGACACCCGAGCAAGCGAAAGAUUCCAAAAUUGAACCACGAGCGUAGCGAGUGGUUCGAAAAUGGAAUCUUGAGCGUUGCGAGGGUUUCAAAUCACGAGGGUUAAACAAAAUUUGCCCCCGAGUGGAACACAACAUUUUUCACCACACCAACCUGAAGCAAAUAUUAAAUGUAAAAUAUCAUACAAAAACAAACCAAAUCAAAUCCAAAUGAAUGUUAUUAAAUAUUUAUCAUCCAAAAUCAUCAUUUAAAAGUCA